CGCCAGACUAUCGCCAGGCAAAGGUCGAGCCUCUUGAGAACCAAACGCUACUCUGCGAUAUAGCAUACUUCAAUCCAGAACAGUGUCCGAAGACGACGUUUUCGCACGAGUAUCAUCAACAGCCAUCUCCAGAUUCAACCGCGCCUCGCAGUAGGGGCAGCACUCAGCCUUCGGCCUCUCCUUCAGGGACAGCCCCAGCCCCCAAGCCGUUGACAUUCAAGGAGUUUGUGUCACCGGCGGCAGCGCGUAAAUCGAAGCAUGAGAGACAUUCACGACAAGAAUGGGACUCACGUAAAGAUGUCAUCCACAAGCUUUACAUCGAAGAAGGUCGACCGCUUCGCGACGUGAUGAAGAUUAUGGAAUCCCGAGGGUUCAAGGCAACGUGAGCACCCGCCUGAAAGGUCGAGCGUCUGCGCAGAGAUGGUCAGAGCUGAUCAACGGCUAUGUGACAGGACGAAAAUGUACAAGCUACGUUUGGCUGAGUGGGAAUUCAACAAGAACAAUCGUGAACGGGAUAUUGUGGCGAUGCUGCAGGUUCAAGGCCAACGGAGUGCUGCAGGCAAGACGACGACCUUUAAACGGCACGGAAAGCCUGUCCAGAUCGAGGCGUAUUUGCGGCGCAAAGGCAUCGAUACCCUCAACCUUCCAGACGCCAUGCCCGAAGAUCAACGGCAGCUGCCUACUUAUAUCCGCCAGCUUACACCGCCGCCAUCUGUCUCUGUGAGUGGGCACGCACGUUUGCAAGAACUGCUGUUCCAGUGCUUCCGCGAUCUUGCCUGGAAACGGCAAGCCUCAGUCGGGCGAGGCGUGUCGUGGAUUGUGGAAAAGGGUCUCUACGUUGGAACUCCGACCAUGAUGGCUCUGCGCGACAUGUAUGAUGCCGACUGCCUAUUCGCCCAGGGGCUUCCCAAAUUAGGCGGUGCUGUCUGCGAGCGCUCAUUUCGGUCAAUACACCACUUGGUCCUGGACCCGACCUUGGAAGGCUUCUGCCACCUUGUCACAAACCUACAGCGCAUGCGUAGUCCAGGUAUCGGAAAAGAAACUUGGAGAUACCUCUCGGGCUACGCCCGAGCUAUCCAGGCCACGGGGCCCAUCAAGCCGUUGCUGGAGAAUAUCGAGAAGCUCUUCGAUGGCGACCAGGUCGGGCUGGCGGAGCGGCAAGAAUUUCUGACCGAUUGCAUCGACCACAUCCUGAUCUCCGACGAAAAUGAGGUUGGCUUUCCUCCGUCGACCGUCACGCAACUAUAUCCCUUCCUGUUCCAGAUUCCCGUACUGGAUGGUUCGACCGACCCGCGAUAUCGGCGUCUCCAGCAGCGAUGCGACAUUGGCCGGCUAGCACAGCUUCGAGGAGUUCAGAGAAAAUUGUCCACCCCGUCCGAAACGCCCGCUGAUUCGUCCGUCAAGACUGAGGAGAUGGCAUUUGAGAUUGCCAUGAUGAAACGCGUGCAGGCCGAAGAGGAAGCGUUCUUCGAGUCACUACAGUUGCUCAUGGUUGGUGAUCAGAGCAACUGGCUCAGCCCAGAAGUGGCGUCGUUGUGUGCGUCCAUCAUCGCGCGCGCCAGUGACCCCCAGUUCGAGGGCGGCUACUACGCCUACAACGCCUACAAGGGCUUAGCCGCUCUCAACAAGACACUCUGGGACCAGGAAAGGGUUCAGGAGCGCAUAGUCGAGGUCCUGGCACCUCAGGAGUAUGGUGUAUCGUUGUCGCCAGUAUCGCCGACGAGUAGUUCUGUAGCUGCCUCUAUUGCCAGCUCUCCGAGCCAACAAUAUUCACCACAGUCGACACCAUCGAAGCUCGAGCUCGCGGUAUCCUUUCUAGAGCAAGCAAUCAUGAUCCUGGAGCGAUGGACAGACUCGGAGGCACUGCUCCUCGAAGACCUCGGCAAGCUGGAAGAAUGGUGCCGGCAAUGCGGAGAUCUCGCGAGGGUUGCGAAGGCACAACGGAUGCGGGAGGACUGUGUGAGCACGCUUUUGGAAAAGUCUCUAUCGCUAAACUUGUAAGAAGUCCGCGGCGGUGAGCAGCAUCUGAACUAUCUUUCAAUAUAUGAGUCGAAGAAAUGGAGAGAGCCAAAGAAUGAAACCCAUGUCGGCGCAAAUAGCUGCCCUUUGUGAAUCAUGUUGCCAAGCUCCUCA